GAGCCUUAGCUAUAGCCUCGCUUGCGCCUCGCUUCCCCGGGCCCCAGAGGGCGCGCGCCGCCUGCCUCCGCGUUCCGAAGGCGAACGUUGGAACGUUUGAGUUUCCACGGCAACGCGACGCUUCCCCUUCCGGACAGCUGUGGUCGCGGGGUGAUCGGGACAGCGGGGGCCGGGGGCGCGGCCGGCCUGUGAACGGAGGCGGGGAGACCAGCCCGCAUCCCCCCAGGAUGCCGCUGAAGGUGGUGGUGGAGCUGCAGAUCCACGCGAUCACUUGCCCUGGUGUGUUCCUGCCGGAGAAGCAUGACAUUUACCUCAGUGUCUGCAUCAUGGGCCAAUACAAGGAGACAGAGUGCCUUCCUCCAAUUUUCCCUCUCUUGUUUCAUGAGAAGAUGUGGUUUGAAAAGGUAUUUGAAAGUGCUGUAGACCCUGCUGCUGUAACAGAGAUGCUUGAAAGCAAUGUAACAACGUUUGGAUUAAUUCAACUAGUAUCUUCAGUGGGGGACAGUCUCGCUUUUUAUGAAGAGAAUACUCGAGAUUUUCUCUUCCCAGAGCCCAAGCUGACUCCUGUGUAUCCUGGUGUGGAGAGAGAGUUACUAAUGAAAACAUCUCCUAGUUUCACAGGAAUUGCACCAAAAAUAGAAUUUUCUACAAGAACAACCAUUACUGAGCUUCCACUUCAAUAUAGAAAGCAGUUUUAUCAGGGCAGAAACAGAAUGAGGAUACAAAGAUCUGCCUCUGUAUCACCCAGGCGAAGGAGCAUUUCACCAGCACAAUAUAAGACAACAAAGAAAAAGGAUAAUAAGAUCUGUAAGAGUCUUACAAGGUUAUUAAGAUCCCGCUCUCCAUCUCCAAAUGCUACAAAGCACCUGUAUCAGUUCUGCAAAGAAAACCAACAGCAGCAGUCAAGGCUAAGCCUGGGAUCUGUUGGGUACAAACUGGAUGCUGAAACCAGGCCACCAUUUGUUGUUAGACACGUAGACAGUUCUAACCCAUUUGGUGAAAAAUCUUCAUCACAGUUACCUUAUCGAAAUCCAAAACAAAAUGUGAGCUCAGCAAAGAAUUCGCUUGAAUUUCAAUUGAAACGAGCUUUAUCUUUUGAUAGCUGUGAAGCAUCAAAUUCCUCAGUUAAGGUUAUCAGGGAACCGGAUGAACAGGCCACAUCUGAACAUAAUUCAUCAUCUCUUGAAACAGAUGAACUUGUAAAUUACCCAGGCAGUUCUCCUACUCAAGGAGAUUUGACAUUUCACCGCACAGCGUCAUUUGCCACCUCCCCACAUUACAGAUCACCUAGUCCUGUUCGGAGUCCCUCUCCUCUGCAACACAGAUUAUACUCCAAUCCUCAUUUCAGUUGGGAAAAGAUCCACAAGAGAGUGCAGAAUCUCCUAACCUCAAACCAGGCAAAGCAGAGACUUUCCUUUGGAGCCACUGAUUCUGAAAUUGAUGAUGUCCUUGAAAGAAGGUCCAUCUCUUUGAGGAGUUCCCCUCAGGAUGAUUCACUGGAGCAAAGAUAUUACUAAGUAGCUGUCAUCAGAAAGAAACAGAGAAUUGGGGUGGUGCCACAGAGUGACUGAAUCCCCUUCUUCGGAAGCAAGGUAAGAUCUGCACAAAAGCAUAAUAAUCCUGGUCCAAAUCCUGCAGGCAAAAGUCACAUUAGAUUGGGUGGGAGUUUUGCCCAAAUUAGGAGUGCAGGAUUAGGCUCUCUUUGUUUGGGAAACAUUGUUAACUGGAGGUGAAUUAAUAAGUACAUUAAGAGGACUUAAUUUUGUGUCCUGUAACUUAAAAUAGUUUUUCAAAAUCGUAUUUCUCUGAGAUUACAAUUUACAAUUACCUAAAAAACUACUUGCCUGUAAAACAGACUUCAAAAAUGAUUUUUUUAAACAAAAAUUCUUGGAGCUAUUUUGUAAUAUACACUUUAACUCCUUUAGCAGAGACAACUCAACAACUGCUGGACUCCAAUUUGAAGAGUUGAGACGGACGUCUCCAUCUCAGAGUUGAUCAGGGGUUCAUUUUCUGUGUGGUGUUAUGUCUAAUCUCUUUCUUAAAGUGAGACUCUGUAUUGUGCUGGAUAAGCACGGCUGAUUAAAUGAUUGCAGUGUGUGGCUCAGAUAUCAUUUUCAUAUGCGUGUACAUCUAUUAGCUCAUUAAGGACUAAAAAUAAUAAUAAUGGUGCUGCAGAUCUUUGGGCUUUGGUUGUUGGCAGAAUUUUCUGCAAGCAUCACAUUUGGAAUUACCUUACCUGUGACUGUUCCAGCAUUAGAACUGACUAUCUAGAAUGAGUUGCUUUUUUCAGAAGUCAGUUCUCUUCUCAAUAUAUGGACAUCAUUCUCGUUGGUGCACUUGUAUAGAGAGGAAACAAGACCCUUUGAAUACUGAAUUACUGUAUGGCAUACAUUUUUUCAGACAACCAAUUAAAAUGAAC